CGCGGUGGCGUGUGUGUGUCAAACGCAUUCAUUCGUUCCUGUCAACGUGUUAAAGGAGGAACGUUAUUUUUAUAUUAGUUUAAUACACUUUUAAAACUAACAUUACAUGCAAAAGCACUCAGGAACUGUAUUCUAAAUUAAGUGAUUUUAUAUUAAACACCAUGGAGAUUCAGGUAUGCCUUUUGGUGCUUUUCGCAGCGAUUGCUGCAGUCAGCUCAUUGAAAGCUGGAGAAUGCGAAGUUUGUGUCAAAAUCUUGGACAAGCUGUCUGCGAAGCUGGACAGUUCACAGAAGUCAGACCCCAAGAAAAUUGAGGCUGAAUUCAAGAAGUAUUGUAAAACAGCCAGGGAUAAGGAAAACAGAUUUUGUUACUAUUUGGGUGGUUUGGAGGAGAGCGCUACAGGAAUUUUGGGUGAGAUGUCGAAGCCUCUGUCGUGGUCGAUGCCUUCGGAUAAGAUCUGCGAGAAGCUGAAGAAGAAGGACGCGCAGAUCUGCGAUCUGCGCUACGACGUGCCGAUCGAUCUGAAAACCGUCGACCUGAAGAAACUCAAAGUUAGGGACCUGAAGAGGAUCAUCAACGAUUGGGGCGAGGACUGCACCGGGUGCAUCGAGAAGUCCGAGUACAUCAAGAGGAUAGAGGAAUUGAAGCCUAUACAUACCGAGUUGUAGAACAUUUUUUUAGUUAUGUGAAUUAAUUUAUUUAUUAGGGCAUUUAAACGUGCGUUCAUCCUUUUUAUCGUUACUAUAUCUUUUUACAA